UUCUGCUCUUCCCCUGCUACUCUUUUUUAGUUAACAUCUUGGUUUGCACUGCUUAUUUUGUUGUGGUAAUUUUAUUGAAAGACUACAUGGUUAGAGGAUUGGUGGUUGGAGAUCUUGUCUAGAUCGUAUGUUGGGGGCCCCUUCCAUUCCUCUUCUUCAAAAGUCAGACUCUCACCCAGACAUCUAGCCAGGUCCUGUGCCACAUACUGAUUUUGGAAGCAUAUUUAAAAUUGAUUGGUGUUGAAAAUCCAGCAUUCUUUUGGUUCAUAUGGUUCUGUAUCUUGUAUACACACAGCAGCUGGUACAGUAGGUGCUUAGAAUAUGUUUGAACGAGUGAAGCCUUUCCAAAAUGAGUCUGGAUAGAAAUACGUAAGUAAUAAUUCUGGAAAACAUCUUUGAAAUGGUAGUUUUCUGGUCAGUAAAGCCAGUCACAGCGUGUAGAAGCCAAUGCAGGGGGAUCAGUGUCUUAUCAAAUCCAAGACAACUUUAGUUCACAGAUAUCUCUGUUGUAGUCAGAAUUAAAAAAUAACGAACAGUUGGAUAUCUGUAAUUUUAACUGUGAUGGAGAAGUUUGCACUAAAUGAAUUCUAAACCUUUUCCCCCACCCUGCUCCCUUUAGGGAGAAAGUAAUGUGAAAAUUCUGGGAAGUUAGUCCUGGACUAGACUCACAGAGCAGCUUGUCUGAGCCUAUCACUGUGUCCAUGGAAACAGCAGAGGCUCAGAGACAUGAAGUGACUUGAGAGAUCACACAGCUAGAAAGCGUGAGAGCUGAUUUGAAGCCCUGUUCUUCUGAUGUGCUUUUAAUUUUUUCUACCCUGUUUCACAAAAGAGUUAUAGAGUAUUGGGCAUCUGAAUAUGGGAUAGAAUAUUGAAAUAUGCAGGGGUCAUCCAUCUUGAUGUCCCUCAAUUGGAUGUGAUGGAAGCGGGCCCCUUCCCCUGAGGUAGAGGUUCUAUAAGCAGGUGACUGGGGUUAUACUUCUUUGUUGUCAAGAGUCUGACCCCAUUGUUGCUCUUGCCAUGGCCCCUGAGCUGUGUACAAGAUAUUUAGGUGGGAAUAAGACUACUUUUAUUCUACUAUAUACUACUUUUCAUGUUUUUUACAAAAGGUAAUCUGUAGGAAUAGAGUUUUUUUAUUCCUCUGUUUAAAAACCUCAGCCUUCUGGUCUUUGAAUAUAUGGUGAGAACACUUGGGAGAAAGACAGACUUAAAAAGUACUCAGCAAUCUCUGAGGGAAAAUUGGAGGGCAGAGGUGAACAGGAGAGCAGAGGCUGGAGGGAGAGGGGCUAUUUAAUGAUGUCACUGUCAUUGUUGGGAAAACAGGCCUUGAGCAGUGAAACCCUUUACUGCUCCAGGGAUGGCCUCACCAUGCUGUGUAGCUCAUGGUGGCCCUAGCCAUGAACAGACCAUCUUACACAGUGGGAUUGCUGUGUGAUGUUUGAAGGUUGCUGUAGCAAGCUAAUAGAUCCGGGGAAAUGACAUGGUGAAACUGAGAUCUUGAGAGAUUGAAUGUAAUUUUUACAAAAUUUGAUGAAGUUCAAAAAUCUGGAAACAUGAUACAAUCUGCAAAUGAUAAAAAUUUUGAUGAUGAAGAUUCUGUGGACGGUAAUAGACCGUCCUCUGCCAGUUCUACAUCAUCCAAAGCUCAACCAAGCUCACGGAGAAACGUUGGAAUGGGGACCACCCGCCGGCUUGGAUCAUCCACUCUUGGAUCCAAGUCCUCAGCUGCAAAAGAAGGAGCUGGUGCUGUUGAUGAAGAGGACUUUAUUAAAGCAUUUGAUGACGUCCCUGUAGUGCAGAUUUAUUCCAGCCGAGACCUUGAGGAAUCCAUAAACAAGAUUAGGGAAAUAUUAUCUGAUGACAAGCAUGAUUGGGAGCAAAGAGUAAAUGCUCUAAAAAAGAUUAGAUCUUUACUUUUGGCUGGUGCUGCUGAGUAUGAUAACUUCUUUCAACACUUGCGUCUUUUGGAUGGAGCCUUUAAACUAUCUGCUAAGGAUCUGCGGUCUCAGGUAGUGCGGGAGGCUUGUAUCACAUUGGGGCAUCUGUCAUCAGUUCUGGGGAAUAAAUUUGACCAUGGAGCUGAAGCCAUUAUGCCAACUAUCUUUAAUUUAAUUCCAAACAGUGCCAAAAUUAUGGCUACUUCUGGUGUUGUAGCUGUUAGGUUAAUCAUUCGGCACACACACAUCCCUAGGCUGAUACCUGUCAUAACAAGCAACUGUACCUCCAAGUCUGUUGCAGUUAGAAGGCGCUGUUUUGAAUUUUUAGAUUUACUUUUACAAGAAUGGCAAACACAUUCACUGGAACGACACAUAUCAGUAUUAGCUGAAACAAUAAAGAAGGGAAUACAUGAUGCUGACUCUGAAGCAAGGAUAGAAGCCAGAAAGUGUUACUGGGGUUUCCACAGUCACUUCAGCAGAGAAGCUGAGCACCUGUACCACACCUUGGAGUCCUCCUACCAGAAAGCGCUGCAGUCCCAUUUGAAGAACUCGGACAGCAUCGUGUCUCUGCCACAAUCCGAUCGCUCGUCUUCUAGCUCUCAAGAGAGUCUGAAUCGGCCGCUCUCUGCCAAAAGAAGUCCUACUGGAAGUACCGCCUCUAGAGCUUCUACAGUUAGUACCAAAUCUGUGUCAACGACUGGAUCCCUCCAGCGGUCUCGAAGUGAUAUUGACGUGAACGCAGCUGCCAGUGCCAAAUCCAAAGUAUCCGCGGCUUCAGGCGCUGCACCUUUCAGCUCUGCCGCAGCCUUGCCUCCAGGGUCAUACGCAUCCUUAGAGUCCAGACACCUGAGGGAAGAUACGGAGUCCGUAGGCCUUGACGCAGAUGGUACUGCCACUAAAGCGGAGGGUCGGAUCCGCACUAGACGACAAAGCUCUGGGAGUGCCACCAACGUCGCGUCUACGCCUGCCGACAGUCGAGGCCGCAGUCGUGCUAAAGUGGUUUCACAGUCCCAGCGAUCCAGAUCUGCUAAUCCUGCUGGUGCUGGCAGCCGGUCGAGCUCCCCAGGGAAGCUGUUGGGCAGUGGCGGCUCCUCCAGAGGGCCCCCUGUGACACCGUCUUCAGAAAAACGAAGCAAGAUUCCCAGGAGCCAGGGGUGCAGCCGAGAAACAAGUCCAAACCGAAUAGGGUUAGCACGGAGCAGCCGUAUCCCUCGACCCAGCAUGAGUCAGGGGUGCAGCCGCGAUACCAGCCGUGAGAGCAGCCGAGAUACAAGCCCUGCUCGGGGCUUUCCUCCACUUGACCGAUUCGGGCUUGGCCAGGCAGGAAGAAUACCUGGUUCUGUAAAUGCCAUGCGAGUUUUGAGCACAAGUACCGAUCUUGAAGCUGCUGUUGCUGAUGCUUUGCUGUUAGGAGACUCCAGGAGCAAGAAGAAGCCCGUGAGGAGGAGAUAUGAGCCAUAUGGGAUGUAUUCUGAUGAUGAUGCCAACAGCGAUGCUUCGAGUGUCUGCUCUGAGCGCUCAUAUGGUUCCAGGAACGGUGGCAUUCCCCAUUAUCUGCGGCAGACCGAGGAUGUAGCAGAAGUUCUCAACCACUGUGCCAGUUCAAACUGGUCAGAGAGGAAAGAAGGGCUUCUAGGCCUGCAGAACUUACUGAAGAGCCAAAGAACACUUAGUCGAGUAGAAUUGAAAAGAUUGUGUGAGAUCUUCACCCGAAUGUUUGCUGACCCUCAUAGCAAGAUUGCUGAUUCAGAACCAGAAUGUGAGGAUAAAGAAGGAAAUUUGUUUCCAUCAGAAGGCUCUUGUACAGUGAGUUUGCAGAGAGUUUUCAGCAUGUUUUUGGAGACUCUUGUGGAUUUUAUAAUAAUUCAUAAGGAUGACUUGCAAGACUGGCUUUUUGUUCUUCUCACACAAUUACUUAAGAAAAUGGGUGCAGAUUUACUUGGAUCUGUGCAAGCAAAAGUUCAGAAGGCUCUAGAUGUCACAAGGGACUCCUUUCCAUUUGAUCAACAAUUUAACAUUUUGAUGAGAUUUAUUGUGGAUCAAACACAAACUCCUAACCUCAAGGUCAAAGUUGCAAUCCUGAAGUACAUUGAGUCUCUUGCCAGGCAGAUGGAUCCGACAGAUUUUGUAAACUCUAGUGAGACAAGGCUUGCUGUUUCUAGAAUUAUAACCUGGACAACAGAACCAAAGAGUUCAGACGUGAGAAAGGCAGCGCAAAUUGUGCUAAUCUCUCUGUUUGAAUUGAAUACUCCUGAAUUUACCAUGUUACUUGGUGCCUUGCCAAAAACAUUCCAGGAUGGUGCCACCAAACUCCUGCAUAACCACCUCAAGAAUUCCAGUAACACCAGUGUGGGCUCUCCGAGCAAUACAAUUGGCCGGACUCCCUCCCGACACACCAGCAGCAGGACUAGCCCCCUGACCUCACCCACCAACUGUUCCCAUGGGGGCUUGUCUCCAAGUCGGUUAUGGGGUUGGAGUGCCGAUGGGUUAUCGAAGCACCCACCUCCCUUUUCUCAGCCUAACUCCAUUCCCACCGCUCCCUCCCACAAGACUCUCAGGCGCUCUUACUCUCCCAGCAUGCUGGACUAUGAUACAGAGAACCUGAACUCUGAAGAAAUCUAUAGUUCUUUGCGUGGAGUUACAGAAGCCAUUGAAAAGUUUAGUUUUCGAAGCCAAGAGGAUCUGAAUGAGCCAAUUAAACGAGAUGGCAAAAAGGACUGUGAUAUUGUGUCCCGAGACGGUGGGGUUGCCUCUCCUCCCACUGAGGGUCGGGGAGGGAGUGAUGUGGUGGAAGGAGGCAGGACAGCUCUGGACAACAAGACCUCCCUCCUCAACACCCAGCCUCCACGCGCCUUCCCAGGGCCGCGGGUGCGAGACUACACUCCAUAUCCCUACUCGGACACCAUCAACACCUAUGACAAGACAGCCCUGAAGGAGGCCGUAUUUGACGAUGACAUGGAACAACUGCGAGAUGUGCCCAUUGACCAUUCUGACUUGGUGGCUGACCUCCUAAAAGAGCUGUCCAACCACAACGAGCGGGUGGAGGAACGGAAGGGUGCCUUGCUGGAGCUGCUCAAGAUCACCCGGGAAGACAGCUUGGGCGUCUGGGAGGAACACUUCAAGACCAUUCUGCUCCUGCUGUUGGAGACACUCGGAGACAAAGAUCAUUCCAUCCGAGCACUAGCAUUGAGAGUUUUACGUGAAAUUCUGAGAAACCAGCCAGCAAGAUUUAAAAACUACGCCGAGCUGACGAUCAUGAAGACUCUGGAAGCCCACAAAGACUCCCAUAAGGAGGUGGUGAGAGCUGCCGAGGAGGCUGCGUCCACGCUGGCCAGUUCCAUCCACCCGGAGCAGUGCAUCAAAGUGCUCUGCCCCAUCAUCCAGACAGCCGACUACCCCAUCAACCUCGCCGCCAUCAAGAUGCAGACCAAAGUCGUCGAGAGGAUUGCCAAGGAGUCCUUGCUGCAGCUCCUUGCCGACAUCAUACCGGGCUUGCUGCAGGGUUAUGACAACACCGAAAGUAGUGUGCGUAAGGCCAGCGUGUUUUGCUUAGUGGCGAUUUAUUCCGUAAUCGGAGAAGAGCUGAAACCUCACCUUGCACAGCUCACAGGGAGCAAGAUGAAGCUACUAAACUUAUAUAUAAAGAGGGCCCAAACCACGAACAGCAACAGCAGCUCCUCCUCCGACGUGUCCACACACAGCUAAUGGCGACGCCACAGGCUCUUCGUGUAGCCCUAGAAGCAAUCGGUGGUGCCUCUCUGAGACCUUUCCCACCUCCCCCCAUCGGCUGCCCAGUCAGUACAAGGAGGCCCGCAAAUAUUUAUUACAAUCAGUAUUUUGGUCCCUUCCAGCUUUUGUGUAGAAUCUUACUGGUAUUGAAUGUAAAGGAAACAAGGCCAGCAUUGCAUCUUCUUAAGAAACAACAGGAAUCAGAAAAGAGCGAUACUUAAACAUGUCUUGUACAGCCUGCUGAGAUCAUACAACCAUGUGUGUGGGUGCAGAUUUUAAAAUCAGAGCUCUCUAGCCAAUACUUGGUAGAAAAUAGCAUUUUCUUUUCAGUUAACAACAGAUUUGAGGAGGGAGUGUUAAUUUGUGUUUCUCUUUCAUCUUAGUUUUCUUUCCUCUGGACGUGGCCUGUAUGAGGCAGAGCACUACCCCUUUCACAGUUGACACCAUGGAAGGGUCGUUUGUCUUUAAGUUGUGUUUUGAGACCUACUAAGAAUGUAAAUCAAGUCUUUGCAAGAAAUGGAGAAAAGCCUGAAGAUGGUCUUUUAACAAAAACGUGACAUUUUGCUUAUAAUGCCUAGACUGGAGGCUGACUGCCCUCACCUUUAGUGUAGGAGGGCAUCCUCCAUAAUCCCCCCAGGACAGGCUCCUGCGCCUCUGAGCAGCUCCACUGACGCUGUCCCCACCCCCAGGCUGCCACUCGAGAGAGUUCUUACAGUUUAAAUGCAGUCAAGGUAAAGUUAUGGCAUCAGUUAAUGGCCGCCUAAAAAGCCAUUUCGUGAAGUGUAGACAGUGGAGGAGGAGCGUUUGUUCUACUGCUAAGAUCUUGGGGAAACCUGGACUUCUCCCAGGACCCUGGGCCUCCUGACACCCGGUUAGCACUGUCUUUUUCCUCUCCCCUGACCUGUGCCUGAGCUGCUCAGUUCUAAAAUGUUCUCAGUCAGUCUGGUAAAGGGCAACGCUCCCCUCUCAGUUAUGACUUUAAUUUCAGAUUAAGAUCAAUGAAAAGUCUAGAGAGACCAAGUGUCAGAAUCUUUUUGUUUUUUAGUUUAUGGACUGAAGUACCUUCUCGAUCAUCUAUCUAUUGAAAAAGUCAUUGUUUACUGAAAAAGUAAUUAUGAUGAGUGGCAAAUUGCAGAAAAACAGGAUUUGAAACAGUUUUAGAGUCUGCUUCCUUUUCUUCAAUGAGAAAUUAUCAAAGAAACUACCUUUUUAAAAAAAUGUCUUGGGGGUUUGAUUGCUGUAAUAAAAGUAACUAGAUUUGGAGUCUGGUUAAGUAAGUUUUGAGUAAAAUUCUUAGAGCCGAGUGGAAACUUCUAAUGCAAUCACGAAGACUUGUAUUGUCUCUUGUUACUCUAUUUUAGAUCCUCUCCAUUGAACUGACUUUUCCGUAAGGAAAACGCCUAUUCUCAUGUUAAUUUUUACUGAGGUGUUUGCUGUUGGAUGUGAGUCGCUGCCCCCGGCCUGAAGAGCAGGGACAGGUUCUCACCACUGCUCUCCACACGGCCCCAUUCUCUGACCUCCAGCGUUGAUGCUGGAAGCUGGGAAAGGCACUGUAGCAGACAUAACUCGUUUUCAUUCUGAAUUUGUUUUAGAUACUUUAUUUGGAAAUGGGCACUGAAAAUGAAGGUCCAGGACCAGUGAAGCCAGAGUGCCUUCACUGCGAGGGUGUGUGUGUGUGUGUGUGUAUGUAUGUGCGUGUGUGGAGGGGGCAUCUUGCACACGUAGGAAGUACCCCACUGCUGCUGUUGAGGGAACUUCAAGAGCGCAUUUUAAGUGGUUGAAUAUUAUUGACUUAUUUUUGGCUCAAAACAUAGCAGAACCAGGCCUUACUUUCAUUGAUAAAUACCGUUUGUUAAUAUUUCACUAACAGGAUUUCUUUUUUACACUCUACAAGUGAGCCAGAAAGUCUCGAUGGCGCUUCUGUGGUGGAAACGUGCGUUCUGGCUAGGUUAUUCAGGAGUUCUUUUAUGCUUGCUGCAUUCAGAGAGACCUUUCUCCUGUAACUCUUUGACGCCCAGGGCGCCCUGGCCCCCGCCUGUAGUUGGGAAGAAUCUUGAACAUUGCCAGCUGUCCUCAUAGUACUCACGAAGGGCUAGCCUUGAAUGUCACUUGCCCACCUUCAAUCUCCUGACUUAGAUACAAUCGCUCCCGGGUCUCUUGGCCUCAAUCAGAACUGCUCCCACCACCGAGGAGACUCGCAUGCCGCCGCCACCUCACAGGGAGGGCUGUGCCACCGCUGCCCUCUCCGAGUCCUGACAGCUGCAGCUGCCUUGCCUUGCCGCCACCUCCCUGCAGGCCUCCUGUUCAGACGAAACAACAGAACACAGAAGAGCAAAGCCCCCCAAACUGGGUUUGCCUCCCCCGUUUACCUGACUGUACAGGGCCCCAACACCCCCCACGCCCCGCUGGGGCCGGAUUGCCUGGCUCUUGCUUCCCUUCAAGCUGCUGCCAUCCCUCUCAGGCCCCGGUGCGCCCGCAGGCCGAGGCCGAGGGGGCGGCAGGUGGCCUUCUUCAAGGGCACCAAGUGUGCUUCGCUGGACCGGGCCGAGACGGCCGCGGGGCUGCCUUUCUGGGGCUCCUCACUAGCUUGUCGAUACCCCAAGCAGGUAAUGCAGCCGAGUUUGUCUCAUCAAUCUUUUUCUUUCCCUGCCACCCUUUAUUUAUCAAGCAUAAUAUUACACAUUAAAAAACAGCAAAUAAGAACUUUGUAGAAUCCCACCAGGACUUUGCUAACAAUAAUGUUUGGAAAUGAAAAAAGAAAUGCUCUGAAAAGGAUCAGCCACCAAGAUAGUUUUGUUGGCACUGUGUUCACACGCAUGGUCCCCCACACCCCCAGGUUGGGUUUUUGUUUUUUGUUUUUGGGCUUUUUCAUGUUACAUCCAUAUCUGUAUUUAUAUCUUAUUUGUUUCACCUUCAAGUGUAUCAUGGCAAAUGUACAGAUUUUUUUUUGUUGUUAAUAAUGUGCUAGGAUUUGCUAAAAAAGAAAACAACAACAAAAAAACCCCUUUGAGUUUGCCCUAGAAUAAAUGAAACUUAAUUCAGA